ACGACUAGGCAGAACUAGCAGGAGACCAAGUAUUAUGUGGCACAGAAUAAACUCUACAACUAUAAAAUGGAUGCAUCCUGAGACCUUGGGUGUCAUCUUCUGUGUUGCCCUUGGCACAGAGGAAGCCAGUUUGCCAAUCAAGGACCUCUAGGGUUUCCUCUGUCAGCUGGCUCAAGUGGUUGAGGUCUUGAGGAUAAGAAUGGCAUCUGCAGGACUUCUGUGCCUGUUGUGCUGAAAGGAGAAGCCAGAUUUGUUGAAAGGCAUAGCUGCAGCUGCCCAGUAUCCACAGAUGAGGAGGGUCACGGUCCUGUGAGGAGGGGGCCUGUGCCACAGAGAUACCACCCAACUUUGCCCACAUGGCCUGGCAGUCAGUUUUACUUGGGCUUAUCGAUGAGCUAUGGGAAGGUCAUUUGAUAUUCACAUUCUUGUGGCCGCAAUGUUGGGAAUGUGGCCUUUUAUCUUUAAAAAUAGCUAUGUGCUGGGAGGCCCGGGAGCAGUGUCCUGGGAUGGAGGGGAGGUACCAGCAGUGGGAAGAGGUGUGGAUUUCUUUCCGUGGAAGAGUCCCUUCAGCUCUGCGCCACUGGUAAAUGGAAGAGCUGGAGACCAGUUUAUUCCAGACACGGAAAGCACAUAGAAUAGAACAAAUGGUGGCAAGAUGGCUUCGGCGCUCCCGGGACAGCUCGGCCCGGGCUAAAGUUGCUGCAGCUGAUGAGCCCGCCAGGAACCCAACUCAGACCCUCAUCUCUGUGCGGCACACAGUAAAGAUAGACAAAGACACCCUCCUCCAGGACUAUGGAUUUCACAUUUCUGAGAGCCUUCCCCUUACAGUGGUGGCUGUCACAGCAGGAGGCUCUGCACAUGGCAAGCUUUUCCCUGGUGAUCAGAUCCUCCAAAUGAACAAUGAGCCUGCCGAAGACCUUUCCUGGGAACGAGCAGUCGAUAUUCUCAGGGAAGCGGAAGAGUCUCUUUCAAUCACAGUUGUUCGCUGCACGUCGGGAGUCCCUAAAUCAUCCUUCCUGACCGAGGAGAAGAGAGCCAGGCUGAAGACCAACCCUGUGAAGGUGCACUUUGCUGAGGAAGUGCUCAUCAGUGGACACAGCCAGGGUAAUUCUCUGCUGUGCAUGCCCAACGUGCUCAAGCUAUACUUGGAGAAUGGACAGACCAAAGCUUUCAAGUUUGAGGCAAACACAACCGUGAAGGACAUCAUCCUCACUGUGAAGGAGAAGCUGUCCAUCCGAAGUAUUGAGUACUUUGCACUGGCCCUGGAAGAGCAGUACAGCAUCUCCCGGCUGCACCUGCUACACGAAGAGGAACUCAUCCAGCAGGUGGUAGAAAGGGAGGAGUCACACGACUACCGCUGCCUCUUCAGGGUCUGUUUUGUUCCCAAGGACCCCCUGGACCUCCUGAAAGAAGACCCUGUGGCCUUUGAAUACCUCUAUCUGCAGAGCUGCAGCGAUGUGCUCCAGGAGCGCUUUGCUGUAGAAAUGAAAUGUAGCUCUGCACUCCGACUCGCGGCUCUGCAUAUCCAGGAGCGGAUCUACGCCUGUGCCCAGCCACAGAAGAUCUCUUUAAAGUAUAUAGAGAAAGACUGGGGAAUAGAGAACUUUAUAUCUCCAACUUUACUCCGAAACAUGAAAGGCAAAGACAUCAAGAAAGCCAUUAGCUUCCACAUGAAGAGGAACCAGAAUUUGCUGGAACCCCGACAGAAGCAACUUAUUUCUGCUGCCCAGCUACGUUUAAAUUAUCUACAGAUCCUCGGAGAACUCAAGACAUAUGGUGGAAGAAUCUUUAAUGCUACUUUAAUGUUACAGGAUAGAGAAUCCUACAUUGCCCUUCUAGUUGGAGCCAAGUAUGGGAUUAGCCAAAUUAUCAAUAGCAAACUCAACAUCAUGUCCACGUUGGCAGAGUUUGCAAACAUUAGCCGUGUAGAGCUAACAGAAGAAUCUGAGAAAGUGAGCGUGGUCAAAGUGUAUCUUCAGGACGUCAAGGUUCUGACUUUGCUGCUGGAAUCCAACAGUGCAAAAGACCUAGCCUGCCUGAUUGCUGGGUACUACAGGCUGUUGGUUGACCCAGUUACCUCCAUUUUCCUCUGGCCUGGAAACAAACAACAAGCGCACCGUGUAUCCGCAGAGGAAGGCUAUGAGUCCAGGGCCUGCAGUGACUCAGAGGAGUCCUCUGAGGUGGACUGCGUACUCGAACCUCUCUCUGACAGGCGCCUGGUAAAGCUGGCACCCUGCAGAUCACUCAUAAAGGAGGAGCAGCCUUCUGGGAACAGCCCCACACCUGAGGUGGCUAGGAGGGGCCCCAGCACCUGCGGGGCCAGCAGCACGACAGACAGUGCCGAGUCUGAGGCGUCCGACUCAGCCAACACUGAGAGCCGUGGCUACAGGACCAGCGGCUCAAGCGAAUCCAUGGAUGCUCUGGAAGAGGAUGACUUAGAUACUUGCUCCUCCAUCAGGUCCGCCUUCUUCCACUUCGGCUCGCCAAUCCUCCCAGAGAGCAUUGACUCUGACAGCCAGGAGGAGAGAAGCGGGAUGGAAACCAGUGGCUUCCUCUGUCUCCUGGACCUGGCCCAGAGAGCCAACCCCCAGUGCCAGAAGACAGAGUUUUCUGAGAGUGCCGCUUUGGAGACAUUUGGCUGGGCACCAGAACUGAGCGCAGUCAGGCUGGACCCCAGGCUGUAUGAAGGCAGCCGCGCCGACUACUACAGCCUGUGCUCCAGUGUCUCCCCGGCCAGCCACCUGAGUGACAGUUCUGACAGCACAGCUUCCCGGCAAGGGGGAGCCCUGCCAGCCUGGGGUCAGCAGGGCUGGACUGAGGCCCAGCCCAGUUCCAUGCUGGAAUCCCUGGCCCUGCACCCACCAUUGGCCUUUGAGGAUGGCAGCUCAGAUGAGGAAUACUAUGACGCGGCUGAUAAGCUCACUCCCCCAGGCGCCCCCUCAGGGCCCAGAGAUGUUUCUGCUGCAGAACCCAGUGCCACAAGCUUGCAGAAUAAGGCCGGCACUUGUAGCCCUGAGAACAGCCUGCCUUGUGGGCCAGAUGGAAGAGAGCCAAGCAGGAGGGGAGGAGUCAAGAAGUAUGCCAAGACCCUGAGGAAAAGAAGGUCUUUCCUACAGACCGACUAUACCUCUCAGGUCUCAUUUCCCCUGGUGCCAUCAGCCUCCCUGGAGAGUGUAGACGACGUGUGCUACUAUGACAGGGAGCCCUACCUGGCCCUUGGUGCACCCUCCCCAACUGUGUCCUCUCUGCAGGACAUGCAGGGUGAGCCUGGCCUUCUGGAGACAAAGGCCCUGGGGCUGCUAGCUCCCCUGAGGGAGACCAAGAGCACAAACCCAGCCUCCAGGGUCAUGGAGAUGGAGCCCGAGACCAUGGAAACCAAAUCAGUCAUCGACUCUCGAGUGUCUUCUAUUUCUGCCAUUCGCUUACGGAUUGACCCCAACAAUAAAGAGAAUUCUGGUGGUGUCCCUGUUGCCAGCUCCUCAGCAAGCACUCCUCACUGUUCUAACCCAGGUUCAUCUGGCCCAGAUACUGCUCAGGCAGGGCCUUCCCAAAUCUUACCUCUAUCUCAAGACCUGGAUGGCACUGCCCCCAAAGAACCUGCCAUAGAGCAUGGGGCCAGCUCCUUCUCCCUCUCCAGUGGCGACCCUAACCCAGACAGAGUCUGCCUGGCCAGCAACCCAGGGCUACAUAAUGUCUCUCAAGGAGACACACUAGAGCUCCAGUUGGAGCCCCAUGUCCAGUUGGAAAUGGGAUUGGAAUCUUUUUGUACAAAUCAUAUACGAGAAACUGCCCCCAAAUACACAGAGCCUUUGUUGUCUCCUGGAGAUGAGCCUAGAAGUGAUGAAUGUGGAAUAAAUCCAGGAGAGAAGAUAGCUUCUAUCCCUACAAAGGAAGAGCAACAAGGACAACUAUCUUUGGAAAGAGACAGAGAAGUUACAAACAAAAAUGGUACCAAGAUAUUUCAGGAGGAAUCUAGGAAGGAUUCAGAUGACUCCCUGGGUGAUGUGUCAAAUAAUGUUUCACAGACUCUUGAUAUUAGUUCUCCAGCUGGUAAAGUAGUAACCUCCCUUUCUUUAGAUGCUCCUGUAACGGGGACUGAGCAGAUCCCACCACAUGGCCCUAGAGACCCUCAGGGACAGAGCAGAGAACCCCCAGGGCAAGCCUGCCAGGCUCAAGAACAAAAACUAUUGGUAGAGUUGGAUUUAGACCCUGAUUUCUUUCUUGGGAAGCAGACAGUUUCAUCAGCCCUCCCUCCAGAGGGGAUCAAGGCAGAGACACCUAACCAUGUGACAGGGGAAGAUAAAGCCCGUAGGGACAGCCCUGAGUGGGUCUGUUUGAAUCCUGGGCCUUCCCUGCCAGAGCCACUACCACGUCCACAAGAGGAUCCUCACUUAGAAACUUCAAACCAUUGCUUUUUCUCAGAAGGCAAAAGUGACAGCUCUAGCAUCUGCCUUCCUGCUGAGAAGUCUUUUCUGUGCUUUGCCCCAGAAAGCCGUCCUGAAGUCUCUGCCAGUCUCAGGAUGGCUACAUCUUUGGGGUUUGCAGGCAUGAAUGAGAUGGUGGCUCCCAGGAUAGGGAUGGAGCAGUGCAGCUGUCAGUUCUCCUAUGCCACAUGCUUCCGUGGCCCGCAGCCUGAGACAGAGGAAGAAGACAGGGACUUGGAAGCACACCCCACGGCCCCCCUCACUUCACCGCCCUCUGCGGGAAGCCCAGUGGUUCUGCCCUGGAGGCCUGCCCGAACCCACAGCUGCAGCACUGCAUCCCUGUCGAGGAAAAGCCACAUCUGGCCAGAGUACUGCUCCAGGGCACUGAGACAGCUGAAAGCCACCCCCGCCAGCACCCCUGAGGGCUUCGUCCAGCUCAUGGAGAGCUUGCUGGAGCUACAAGACAUUUUAGAAACUUCCUGGGGGAUUGGAAACAAACAUCCCCCAGAGAAGUGCACCUGGCACUUCACUGAAAGCCGGAGCCGCCUUUGCAUGGGCUCCCAGAAGCUCCUGUCGAGCUGUCAGCAUGUGAUCAGAAUGGACCAGUCCCCUGAAGAGAUGCAGGGGGCCGUGCGUGACACCUUCCAGCACCUGGUCCAACUGGCUGGCCUGUGCUUUCAGUUCACGGACUGUAGCCACUGCUCCACCCGGCACAGGGAGGCAGCGGGGAACCUGAGGGAUGUGGUGUACACCUACCAUCAGUUUGUAGAGGCCGCUAAAUCGACCUGCGAGAGGGGCUACCAUGACCUGAGUGUGAAACUCCUGGCCCGUCAGUGCACGGCCCUCACAGCCGCCGUGUUCUGUUUGACCCAGAAGUUCCGGGCAUCCACGGCCCUGUAAGCAGGUCAAUGGCCCAAGGGCCUCCUGCACUUUCUUGCCUUGGACACUUCCCUGAGAAGCCCCUUCCACUUUCCCACCCACCCUCUUCAAAUGUUUACUAUAUAGAGUAUUCAAAUAAACUGCUGCUUAAUCUUG